AUGGCUGCUACUUGUACCAAUGCGGGGCUCCGCGGAGCGCGCAACCUGCUUCUCCUUCCGCUCGCCUUCCUGCUGCUCCUCGCCGUCACCAGCGCCAGCGCCGCGCAGCCCGUCCUUCACCCCCCCUCCACCACCGGCUCACCGCGCAACAUCGCCCGCCGUGCUCUCGCCCGCGCGGAUUCCGCGGUAUCCCCGCACAGGGUGGAGCGGAAGCUGUUCAGCUGGGACGGCGUGACCGUCGAUCAGAUCAUUGCCGGCAGCCUGGGCACGAUCGACGGUCCAGAGGACGACGAGGUGACGACGAAGAUCGUGGAUCUAUUCAUGAACGCGGGGUACAACGUGAUGGUCAUUCAGAGCGCCCACUCCGUGCAGGGCGACCCGGCGUCCGCGCAGGUGGAGGUGUGGCACUUCUGGGAUAACUCCGAGUUCACCGUCUAUUACAAGAAGGGACCCUUCUCCGUGGAGAAUCUUGGCAAUGGUGGGUACGAGAACUGGGCGUUCGGAGGCGUCUGGCAGCGAUACGCCUCAGGCCAAGACCUCCGAACCAAGCCUCUGGAUAGGUUUGGAAGCACUCUUAGUCGAAAGGGUAGGUUGCCAAAGCUGGUCUUUCAGUAA